AUGAGGAAUCCAAAUUUAAAGAUAUACUGUUGUGAUUUUUCACCUACAGCAAUAGAAAUAGUUAAGGGUCACCCAGACUACAACCAAGACCGCUGUAAUGCAUUUGUAUGUGAUAUAUCAGAUGAGAUGUCAGCUACUCCAAUUUCUGAUAAUUCUUUGGAUAUUGUCACUAUAAUAUUUGUUUUGUCUUCCAUUUCACCAGAAAAAAUGCAAUAUGUGGUGAACAGAUUGACCAGAUAUUUAAAACCAGGAGGGACUAUUCUCCUCAGGGAUUAUGGAAGAUAUGAUAUGGCUCAGUUAAGGUUUAAACAAGGCAGAUGUUUAUCAGAGAAUUUUUAUGUUAGAGGAGAUGGAACUAGAGCUUAUUUCUUUACUCAAGAUGAAUUAAAACAAAUGUUUGAAAAAGCUGGACUAGUAGAGAAACAGAAUUUAAUUGACAGACGUUUACAAGUGAACAGAGGAAAACAGUUAAAAAUGUACAGAGUUUGGAUACAAUGUAAAUAUGUAAAACCUUGCUGAUUUACGAAUUAAAUUUUGUCAUAUU